UAUGUUACAGGCUUUAAUAGCUGAUUCUUGGAACAUUGUUUUAUGGUCAAUUAAUAAUAUUAUUACAUAAAAUUUGUGUUAAGAAGUUGAUAUAUUACUUAUCAUGUGAAAGCCAAUUUUUAAGUGUAAACAUUUGCCACAAGUGUAAGAGUGAAAGUAUCCCAUAUACUCACAGCUUCAUUACAACUGAACUAAACAACUAAAUAAAAAUGAGUAACAUUUAUAUUCAAGAACCACCUGCAACAGGAAAGGUUCUCAUGAAAACUAGUGUGGGAGAUUUAGAUUUAGAAUUAUGGACGAAAGAAGCACCAAAAGCUUGCAAAAAUUUUAUUCAAUUGUGCAUGGAAGGUUACUAUGACAAUACCAUAUUUCAUCGAGUUGUCAAGGGCUUUAUUGUCCAGGGGGGUGAUCCCACUGGCACUGGAGAGGGUGGUGAGAGUAUUUAUGGAGAACCUUUUAAGGAUGAGUUCCAUUCAAGGUUACGCUUCGUUCGAAGAGGUCUCCUGGCUAUGGCCAAUGCUGGGAAAGACGACAACGGGUCCCAAUUUUUCUUUACACUUGCUGCAACUCCCGAGUUGCAGAACAAACACACAAUAUUUGGAAAAAUAACUGGCGAAACCAUUUAUAACAUGUUAAAGCUCGAAGAUACUCUUGUAGAUGAGACUGACAGACCGAUUUAUCCUCAAAAAAUAUUGAAAACAGAAGUUCUCAGUAAUCCUUUUGAUGAUAUUGAACCCAGGGUGGUUCCCAAAACUAAGUCUAAUGAGGAAAGAAUCAAGAAAAGACAAAAGAAAGGCGUCAAAGAUUUCAAAUUAUUGUCAUUUGGUGAAGAAGCCGAAGAAGAUGAAGAUGAAUCGGUAGUUUUAAACAAAAAGUUGAGCACCAAAGGUAAAUCAGCUCAUGAUGUUUUAAAUGAUCCAAAAUUGAGUUCUCAACCAGUCAUUGAAGUUCCACCAAAAAAAAAAUCCAGAAUAGAUGGUUCUGGUCAUUCUGAAAGUGAUAGUGAUGCUAGCGAUGAUAAGCUAGGUAUGGAGGAAAAAACUGUGGCAGAAAAAGAAAAACAAGAAAUGGCAGAAAGAAUAAAAAGUAAAUUGAAGGGAUCAAAGAAAUUUGUUAAUGAAACAAAAGUACAAAAACACAAAGAUAAUGACGACGAAUCUGAAGAGGAAGAAUAUUACCUUGGCAAAGAAAAACACGAUGAAAGGAAAAGAAAAACGAUAGAGAUAAAAAAAGAAAUUCGCGACUUGAAGCGUGGGAUGCGUGACGAUAAAAAUAAAAAGCUAGAAGAAGAAAAGCAGAAAGUAGAAGAAGAAAAGAAGAAAGAAGUCAAGUCCGAGUUGAUAAAAGAGUAUCAUCAAACGCAGGAAAAAUACAAAGAGGAGCACAAAAAAAUUCCAAAGAAAGGUGCCACGAGGGAAGAUUUCACGCUCUCUCUGCUGAAUAAAUUCAAAAACAAAAUCAUUAGCGUGAAAGAACAUCAGAUGGACGGCGAAGUCACGGUGCCAAAGAAAUCAGAAAAAGCAGACGACGAAGAGGACGACCCAGACGACAUGUCUUGGAUUGUCCAGCCUUUGCGCUGCGAGGAAAAAGCUCCUGUGCUCGCCAAAGACGCCAGUUCCAAGGGCGACGACUGGUUCGAGAUUUACGAUCCCAGAAAUCCGAUCAACAAACGAAGACGCGGUGACGGCGCUGAUAAGUCAAAGAGCAGUAAAAAAUAA